AGGCGGGCGGCGGGCAUGCCCUGACCGGGGGAAGGUUUUUAGCUAUUUCGCCCGUGGUUUGAGCGGGGCAGCCUUCAGACUAACAUGAAACAGCAGAGGGUGAGCACCCUAGUUUUCACACACUAAAGGUGCUGAAGAGAGUGAGCGCACCUCGGCCCCACACUAGUGGAGAGGAGAAGAGUAGACCAGUUGCACAGCAGCAGGGCAACAUGUUUAAAACCAGCUACUUGCGUGAGGUCCGCAAGGAAAAGUAUGAGCGUUCGGAUGUUUUUGAGGAAGUAAGCAGCCCGGACGCCAGCUACACCUCCACAGGUCCCACAGCCGCUCAAGGAUGGGAAAGCUUACAGGAGCUGAACAGCCGCUUCGCCCGUUACAUCAACCGGGCUCGGGUGCUGGAGCAGCGCAAUGCCAUCUUUCGCAAGCAGCUGGAGACGCUGCAGCGGAUGGAGGAGGCGUCUGGCCUGGAGGAGGCGUUCAGUGAGCAGAUCAAUCUGAACCGCCAGCGCAUCCGGGAGCUCUACUCGGAUCGGGCCAAGCUGGAGCGAGAGCUGAAGGAUGCAGAGCGUAUGCUAGAUGAGUUCACCAACAGGUAUAGAAAUGAAUGUGACUAUCAAGAACAGCUGCGAGGCACACUGGGACAACUUAAUAAGGAAGCUGACAAUGCCCUACUUAGAAACCUUGAGUACCAGAUCCAAUCUCAGUUCCUCCAAGAUGACUUUAACUCCACCAAAGAUAGACACAAAAAGAAUCUGGCAGAAAUCCAGACUUACGUGAACAUUCUGCAACAAAUCAACCAGACAACUCCUCUUUUGCCUAAUAUGUCAGUUGGGAUAUCAGAGGAACAGGAGAAACUCCUCGCUCAGCGGCGCGUUCCAGCCCUGCAGAGUCAGCUGGAAGAGUAUAAGAGCGCCCUCUGCCAGCUGAAAGCACAGAAACAAAGACUGCAGACCGAGACUGCUGUGUUGGAGCAAGCCAUCAAAGGCACACAGGAGAGCUAUGAUGAUGAGAUUCAGCUGUACAAUGAGCAGAUUGAGACACUGAGGAAGGAGAUCGAGGAGGCCGAACGCACCCUGGAGAAGUACACCAAUGAAUGCAGGCACCUGGCAAUGUAUCAAUCCUCCCUAGAUAAUGAGCUGGAGAGAUAUAAAAGGAUCAUUGAAAACGAGGACAACAGGUUAAAUUCAGCUAUAAUUGGAACUCCGAUUACGUUGUUCACAACUAAUUUCAGACACAUUCACAACUCCACGGUACCCAGGGGAGGGAAAGACAUCACUCAGGCCAUACAGGAUAUCACCAGUGUGAAAUCUCGUCAGAAAAAUCUGGCAAAGAAGGUGAACAAAAAGAGAGAAAUCACCCCAAGAGAUGUGAUGGAUAGUGGUCAUGAGGAGAGGGUGUCUGGGGUUGAUCAUCUGGAGGAUGACAGGCACGGCAUGGAGGUGGAGGAGGGGGACGUGAGGCGGGAGGAUGCGCCCCUUCUCUCUGGGGUUGUCCGUGAAGAUGUUCCAGAUGGUGCUCAGAUCAGUAAGGCAUUUGACACACUGUGUAACAUCGUCCGAGACCGCAUAAGGAAAUACAAGAAGCCUGAGCCUAUGGCUGACUUUUACACUAAAGGCCGCUAUGUUCUGGUCACUGGUGACUCAAGCUACCUUGACCCCUGCUUCUUCACAUCUUCUCCUUCUGGGGGUCAUGUCUUUGUGACCAUUUGGGAUGGAAUGAUGCCUCCUUAUGACCCUUAUGCCACACCCUCAAAACCAUUUCCCAUCCCAAGCCCUGCCCCUGCCCCUGCCCCUGCCCCUGCCCCUGCCCCUCGGCCUCGCUCUCCCUCUUCCCCCUCAGAUGACCCGCAGGGCAACAAAGGAAAGGGAGAGAGAGAAGGGGACAACAAGGGCAACGCCAAAGAGGGAGGAAAUGGCGGGAAAGGGAAUCAGAAAUCAAAGAACGGAGACCCCUUUCCAAAAGCCAAGGACCCUGGACCCACCUCUCCCAAUGCAAACCAAGGACCCACCCCUGCCCCUACCACACCCAAGAAUCCCAGUGCAGGGCAGCCAGGGCAGCCAGGGCAGCCAGGACAGCCAGGUCAGCCAGGGCCCCGUAAUGGUAGGAACAUGGAUGACAUCAAUUCCCGCAGGGGGCCACCACCCAUGCCUUUCCCCAGAAGCAGCAUCCCCCCCGACUCGAUGAGUUAUGAAAAGGUGGAGGUGGUAGAGUCUGUAGAGAAGCUGUCACCUGACAACAAAGUCAAGGGCUAUGAAGAAACAGCCAUGGUUGUAGAGACCAUGAUUGAAAAGACCAGCAAAAAGAAACAUGGCGACCGAACCUGAAAUGAUGAAAAAUAACAGUCUACAACAACACCCUAACAAACAAUGCCACAUUCCAGUGCUCCUGCCUCAUCACUGCAAGUGAAGUGAAGAAUAUUCUUCAUCAUGUUCCUGCUGGGUCUUACAGUGCAACUUACCUCUCUCAGCCAAUUAGUCUGGCCUUUACUGUCUGAAAACUUGGGGAUCAUUUUUUUUUAAGGCCAUGCCCUCCCCCUUAAAAUCAUAAAUGAAAUAGAAUCUGAAUGUUCCCCAUUUCUAAUUUGAGUAAUGCUGCUGCCCUCAUAAAUAUACCCUCAUACAAUACUCCUCACAAGUUCUGUCUGAAAAGUCUGGUACACAAAAUACCUGAGUUAUUUGCCAGCACAGCUCUGCUGUGUGUUGUUUUCAAAAUAAAAUCUGAAACCUCUCAAGUCCAUGUAUCUGGUUGUUCUGUCUCUGACUAUAUGCACAAAUAUAGGAUAGGAUGGAAUACAGACAAGGGUUAUACUUAAUAUUAAGUAUUCAUAUUAUAAUGUAAUUAAGAAAUGAUUAUGUAUUUCUCAUAUAAGUUUCCAUGGUCAUAACAGCAUCACUAAAUGAAGGUGUUUUAAAUGAAGCAGUCGCCAGAGGUUCCUGGUCCAGAUUUCAUAAGAGUACCUGAUUUGGAGAGGUGAAAACAUCUAUGGUGAUCUAUUCUUGUAGAAACCCACUGCCUAGUCAGACACACUGCUCAAAUGGUGGUCUCUGCAAUUGAUUUCUGUAAUUCUGUUUUGCAUGCUAUCAUUUGUUAGUAGUCAGGAAUGUCUUUUCUCAACUACUCAAUCUGAUUCAUGAACAGUGUGGCUUGUGUCUACAUCAUGCAUGAGAUUGGUGUUACAGGCAAGGAAAACAGAAUAGUCCCUUUCAAGUUGUGAUUUGCAAAAGAUUUACGUGAGACUCAUUUCAAUGACCUCAUGGAAAUACGUCUAUAAUAUCUUUACCUAAAUAUUACUGGAGUGAAGUCUCCUUAUUCAGUCCAGUACUCUAAGAAAACAUUUAGUAGAUUUAUUAUUAGAUAGAC